GAAACAUGAAAACCUUCAUAUAAAUAGAAUACAAUAAGAACAUUAGAAUAGAUUUUAGAUCGAUAGUCAUCUAGCAACGCAAACUCAAACUGAAACGAUGACGUUACUGAUCAUAAUUAUGAAUGACGCCGAGAAGAACGCGUCGACAGGACGUGUACUGCUCCGUCAUCACACGGCCACCGCAAGAACGCCGCCGCUGCCAGACCUUCCGAAGGAAUUGAUAAUGGAUAUCUUGCUGAGGCUUCCGGCAAGGACGCUUGUUUCCCUAAGGAGCGUGUGCAGUUCCUGGAGAAACCUAAUUUCCGCCCCUGACUUCACCCGCAACCACCUUCGUCGUUCAUGCUUAUGCGAUCCAAGCCUGACUUCGCUACGAGACAAUGGUGUCAGAUACGACAGUUUUGGAAUUCUGUCCGUACGGUCAAUAAUGGACAAACCUUUUGAACCUACUAAAGUCGAUUGCUUCAGUGGACAACGCUACAACAGAAUCGUUGGUUCUUGCCAUGGAUUGUUAUGCUUUUUUGAUGAUGAUGAUGGCGGCCAGAAUACACAUGGCAUGUUGUGGAACCCCUAUACCGGAUUCACAUUCCAGUCACCACAAAUCAGCGGUCAAGUCAGCGUUUGUGGCUUUGGUUAUGAUCAUCUCAGUGACAGCUACAAGCUUUUUGGAAUUAUAAGGAAGAAAGGGCCAUCUGGUUUGGAAUUUAGUACCAGAAUUUAUACUUUUGGACCAACUUCUUCCUGGAGAAGAAUUGAUGAUAUCCCAUUUGGCCAACCUGGUGUUCCAACUGACGACCCUUUUAUGCCUGAUAAUAUGGAAAGGGUGUUUUUUGGUAGUAGCUGAGCAUGCACUAUUAAUUGGAGUGUUAAUCAUGAGGUGGUUGUUUAUUUUGAUUUGGGUAAAGAGACUUAUAGUCAUUUCUCUCUGCCUUAUACCGAUUCAGAUGAUUAUUUCCAGAG